UAAACUCAGCCAUCUCCCUUCACCUGUUCAUUGACCGGACGCCAGAUUUGAAGGCCUCGACUGAACGAAAACAGCCAAGGAAAGAAGCUUCCUUGAGAUGAAAACAAAAAGUGAAACUCGCCCAAAAAACUGGAAUAAAAUAAAUUCGCAUCCGUUCUUCUUUCACUUCUCUAUGAACACUUUUUAGCAUUGCAUCGACUAGCAAUUCCAACUAUUUCCACUCUUCAAAACUGCGUGUAGAGAGCGAGAGCGAGAGAUUGCGCGAUGGGGCUGGAGAUUGUGGAGCCAAACACAUGCAUAAGAGGUCGCUGCAGCAGCAAUUCCAUUCCUCUUCACCUUCCUCCGUCUUCUUACGCUCUCCUCUCUCCAAUUGCCAGAGGGGCGGAGAGUGUAGUAUAUGAAGGAAUUUUGGAUGGAAGGAAAGUUGCUGUGAAGAAACCCAUCUUGUCUACUUCUGAUGACAUUGAUAAGUUCCAUAAGGAGCUGCAACUCUUAUGUGCAGUGUUAUCAAAGGCGAGCGAGGCGCCAGGCGAGGCGAGGCGCCCCUCUGUCGCCUCGACUGGAACACCUGGCUCGGCUUGGAGGAAGCGACGCCUCCGGCAGGAGAGGCGAGAGGCGACGCAGGCGAGAGGCGACGCCUCUUCACAGCAACGCCAUUCCACCAGCAGAGACCCUUUUCUUCUCAACCUCAAGAAGACGCUUUUCUCCUCAACGGCUCAACCUCUACUUCACGACGGCAACAGUGAGCUUCUUACUGGUGUUGUCCCAUAUACUGAUCUUCGUGCUGAAGCUCAGGCUUAUACUGUAUUGGAGAUGAACUAUACUGAGCAGCAACUUACUGCAGCAGUGGUGUCUUGUAAAUUGCGACCUGUUCUUGCCGGUCCUGAGUCAGGGGCAUCCACAAGUAUGCUGACAUUGAUACAGAGGUGUUGGGAUGAAAAUCCUCAAAAUAGGCCUUCUUUUAGUGAUAUCAUUUUGGAAAUUUGUCCAAUUUUGGAGCACAGAAAAAAAUCAAUGGAAGAAAAUUUCGCCCCUGGAGCAUCUUCUAUUUUAGAGGUUGAACAGUUCAUUGAUGGUGCCAACAACCUUCAAACAUUUCUUGAGAGUGUUAACUGGUCCACUCAGGGAAAACAGUUAUCAAAGAAAGCUUCUUUAGCUGUUAAUUCACAUAUGAAUAAUUGGCUUGAUUCUUUGAAUGAACCUUUGGCUUAUCAUCCGGUACUUUCUUUGGGAUCCUUUGCUACAUGCGGGAGAAGGGAAACCAUGGAGGAUGCACACUUCCUUAUGCCCCACAUGUGCAAUGAAAAGGAUAUCCAUGUUUUUGGCUUCUUCGAUGGUCAUAGAGGUGCAGCAGCAGCUGAGUUUUCAGUUCAGGCUUUGCCAGGAUUUCUGCAGAGUUUAGCUUCUAUAAGAAGUCCCAUUGAUGCAUUAUUUGAAGCAUUUGUUAGUACAGAUGCUGCAUUUCGAAAUGAACUCGAUUCUCACCGUAAAUUUAAGGGAGUUCUUCAGAAAGACUGGCAUCCUGGAUGCGCUGCUGUUGCAGCUUUAAUAGUUAGAAACAAGCUUUUUGUUGCUAAUGCUGGUGAUUGCAGGACAAUUUUGUGUCGUGCUGGCCAUGCCUUUCCUUUAAGUAAGGAUCACGUUGCAAGUUGUCUUGAGGAAAGGGAGCGUGUUAUUAGUGCAGGGGGACAGGUUAAAUGGCAAGUUGAUACUUGGAGGGUUGGUCCUGCUGCGCUCCAGGUCACUCGCUCCAUUGGUGAUGACGAUUUGAAGCCUGCUGUAACUGCAGAACCUGAGAUAACUGAAACUACUUUGUCAGCAGAGGAUGAAUUUUUGGUAGUGGAGACCUAGCUGGGGAGCCCAACAGACAUCAGACAAGGUGAGCCUUCAGAGCUGCAUCCGUGGUCCAGAGUCAUCUCACAUCUGCACUGCAUAUAGUAGGAUAUUAGGACUAUAGGUGACCCUUUUGUAUUUUUGCAUGUUGUAUUAGUUUGGAUUGUAACUGUAAACUCCUAUAAUUAUGUAUUAAUGUAAAUAUAUGAAAUUUCAUAUUAUUGAGAUUUUCUGCAUAAUGUAUGUUAAUAAAUGAAAUGUUGAGAAUUUUCUG